CGUAUCUGUAGUUAUAUCCGUUAAAGAUUCUCAACUCGCUUGGCGUGCCCUUGCAUGACUUCGACCCACUCUAAAUGACUGCUGUACCGACGGUUGAGCCUCGCGGGCUCGGUUUGGCUCAACUCAUUACCUCUAUCAUCUUUGGUAUUCUUACUACCGUUGUUGUAUUUCUGCGGACGUUUAUCCGCGUCAAGAACCGUGUUUUUGGAGCUGAUGAUAUGUUGAUGGUUAUUGGAUAUAUUUUGUUUAUGAUACUUGUCGGCGUAAGCUCUCAAGGUGCCUACUAUGGAGCAGGUCAACGAGACGCCGUCCUUCCCGAGGGUAUUUACCCUCGUGGAAGGUUUUAUGUCUGGCUCUUCCAAAUAUUCUACUGCGCAUCCCUCGUCUUCAUAAAAGCCUCUAUUUGCGACGCCCUACUAAGAAUCGCAGUCAUACCAUGGCAUAGAGUUGUUGCAUGGAUGACCCUUGCCAUGGCUGUCAUUUGCGCCAUGAUUGUCUUCAUCGGUCUCUUCGUGCUUUGCAAGCCAUUGUCAGCGACUUGGAAUGGUGACGGAAAAUGCUCACCACCUUCGGUUUUGGCCAUUCUGGCUUGUUUUGUCUCGGCCUCAUCGAUAUUGACUGACAUUAUCUGUGCAGCACUACCAGCGUUGAUGUUGUACAAAGCGCAGAUGAAAUUUGCGACAAAGGUUUCCAUCAGUAUGGUGCUUGGGCUUGGUGCUCUUGCUUCGGUUGCUACAAUUAUCCGAAUGCCAUUUGUCCUGUUUUACUUCCACCCUAAUCCGGACUAUCUUUAUCGGCAUUGCCACGUCGCUCUGUGGAGUACCAUCGAAGCAGGAAUCGGUAUCAUAGCUGGUUCUCUCCCUGCUUUGAGAAAGUUUGUCAAACGCUGGAUUACAUUUGACAGCUCAGCUCGCCAAUAUUCGCCCCCGAAGCUAUACGGAGGGGGAUCACGUGGGUUGGGGAUCACCAGUCAUAUCGCUACCGCAAACCGUGUGAAAGGAUACAACAUAUCACGAGACGUGGGGAAUGACGGCAAGGAUCACUGGGAUGGCCUUGAUGAUGGCUCAUCUAGGAAAAGAAUUAUGGUUACCGUAGACGUGGAGAUGCACACAUUGCAGAACAAUGCGGAAUCGAUAGGAUCGGCCCGAUCUCGUGUCUCGGAUGAGACAUAUGCGAGACCAGCUUAGUAUAGUCACGGUCGAGUUGGGAAUGCCCUAUACUGGCAAUAUGUUAUAUUUCUUCAUUCUCAUAGUACCAUUACUUUGCUUAACCUAAUAAUACACCAUCA